CAAUAAUGAAUUGAUAAUUUCAUUUUCGAAAGCCCUUGGGCUGUUGACGCAAAAAUGCGGCUCUUGUUUUUAGAUUUGAAAAAACUUCGCGCUAUUUCGGCACUUUCCCUGAAAGUUUCUCUUUUAGCGCCUUCUGAUCCCGAGACCCCAACUAAAUGCUUUAGUUCAAUUUGACAAUAGCAGUCUGUGCGGCAAUUGUUAAAAUUGAAGGGUAUCUAAUAGAUUGGUGGAUAUUGAGAUCUGAACGGGUCUUGACUUCCGUUAUUAACUUACCAACACCGAUUGUCCUCGGAAACUGUUUCAUUCACAUAAUGAGAAAGCAAUUUAAAGUUUUGCUACUCGCAUCGGUGACGUUAAUUCUUUUUUUCUGGUAUUUUGGGCAUAUUGACGUUCAACGAGACGGACGAUUGAAUUUAGGAGAUACAAAGCGCCCAAGCAGACCACGUCCCAAUGCCCCUGGCAUUGAAUCAAUUAUGCCCGAAAUGAGCGACAAAGAGGCCAGAAAAGAAUUGGGACGGAGUGGAUGGCGGUUAUUACAUACCAUACUGGCUCGCUUUCCUGAAAAACCAACACAGGCUGAGCAAGAUUCGCUCUCAGACUUUCUGUAUCUCUUUGCAAAACUGUAUCCAUGUGGACAAUGCUCAAAGGAUUUCCAGAUUCUCCUGAACCAGCAUCCCCCGGAAGUUCACUCUCGCGACGCCGCUAGUCAAUGGGGCUGCAAGAUUCAUAAUCUUGUAAACGAAAAAAUACACAAACCACCUUUGAAUUGCUCAGAAAUUAUAAGCAUGUAUGAUUGCGGUUGUGAUAUUCGGUAUCCCUCGAAACUGGGCAGACCCGCACCAAAACUUGUCUUCGACAAAGAAGACCCAACUCGUUCUGGUUAAAACGAUAUUUAUGUUGACUUUUUGACUCCUGAGGCUACCUUCUUUUUCGCUAUUCUCUCUUAUGACACGCAACGACAAUUGCUCUUUUUAACAACACUUAAAUUACUAAGAAUACAAUUACAUACCAUUCAAACUAGAAAAAGAAAGUUAUGCGUUUCUCAAGAAUGACCGUCUCCCCCGUUGAACACGAUCUUCAAGCUUUAUAUUGUCGCCAGAGUAUACGUCUCGCUUCAUUUUGCGUAUAAACUCCCCUUGAUUGUCCCAUUUAGAGGCUUCCCGAUGCUCCUCUGCUAGUCGCAAACGCUCUGAUGCCUCUUGGGCCUCCAAGAUACGAACUCUUUCUGAGCGAGAAUGCUCUAAUUGUUUGGCGUUGUUUUGCAUUUCUUGCAAACGACGUUCUCGUUCUUGUUCUUGUUCUCUUCUCCCAUCUUCUCUGUAAUGUCGUGAACUUUCACGUGCGUGCGAAUAAUCUCGGUGUCCUGAACGACUGCUUUCAUAUCUGUGACUAGAGGAACGAUGACGGCCGUGUCGCUGAUCAUCAAAUCGGCGACGUUCUCUCUCUGGUGACCGAGAGCUGGAACGUCUUUUCUCAUUAUAAAACUCAUCAUCACGGCUUCGCGAACGGUGACUAACACUUCGGUGACUGCUAUGUGCACGAUACUCAUCACGUUCUCGCCGUUGUUUUUUGGCCUUUUCGUAAAGCUUCCGUUGGAGAGCUGCCUGUAGUUGAUCUUGCUCUUUCUUUUUAAUUGCUAAAAGUGGGUCCAACCGGACUUUUGUCUGAAUGUCUUGAGCAGAAUUAGCGUUUUGGACAGCAAUAAAUUCAGUUUUGUUAAGAUCAUUGCUUUGUUUUUCAGUUUUUUCGUUCAAAAGAUCAUCCAAACGCUUCCGACCAAGUAGAUAUUCUUCCAUCUCAGACUCUGAUUUCUUUUCACCAUCUGCAUUUGGUACCGCGUACAUCCAUUCAACAAUGUCCCGCCGUUUUUUUCCUCCCGCUGCUUCUUGAAGCCUCUGUAAUUCAAGCAACUGUCUUUCUUCUUCAAUUUCGCGCCGCAAUUGCUCAACGCGUUUUUGUUCUUCUUUGUGCAUUUGCUCAUCUUUCCAUACUUUUUCCUGGUUCCUCAUGAGCAGAGGAUGCCUAAAUAAUUCGUUAGUAUCAUCUACUGCAGUAUAAAUUCAUAAUUGCUUACCAGCUCUUUUUCAUAUUCAAAUCACCGCC